UAAUAAUUUAUGGAUAAGUCUAAGGAAUAGAUCUAAGAAUAUUUCAAUAUUUUUGAUAAGGAUGGAAGUGGAUCUAUAGAUAAGGAAGAAAUUAAGGAAUUAGCAGUCAAUGUAGGAUUAAAUUGGAGCGAUUUGAAGUUGAAUAAAGUUAUAAUUCAUUGAUAUUUUAGAUUAUCUAAGCUCUUGACACAAAUGGAGAUGGCAAGAUUUCAUUUGAUGAGUUUUAUGAAUACUUCUUAUAUGGAGAACAAAAACAAAUGGAUAAACUAAUAUAGAAGAAAUUUAAACAUAUUAAAAAUGUUAAGAAUCUUCAUAAAAAACUUAAUUAAUAAUAUGGUAUGAUAUCUUAAAGAAAUUUAAUAGGACAUAUCUUUGAAAAGAAUAAUGAAGAAGGGAAAUCUCAAUGCUCAAUAUAAUUGAAUGUUGGAGAGAAAUCUUAAAUAAAAUCAGCUUUAGAAUUAACAGUGAGAGUUGGUGAGGAGAAUAAGAAUUUUUCAUAAUCCCUUUUAAAAAAUUUCCCAUUUGCCGGAGAUCAGGUAAAUAAUAAUAUAUAUUUUAAUAAAGGUUGUUUCAAUAGUUUUUGGAUUUAAAUGCUAAAAUUCUGAUGCCGUCUAAGAAAAAUUUGAAACAUUUUUUGAGGGAAUAAUUGAUUUAGCAUUAAAUAUGAUUCCAGAAGAUAUUUCUUAAAAAAUAGCAAUAUUCAAAAAUGAUUUAAAAAUUGAAUAUAAAGCUUUACCAGAAGAAUUAUUGGUUAGAUUCUAUAUAAAUAAUGAAAUCACUGAAAAUGUAUUGGUUGCAUAUAGAUUAAUAUCAGGAAUGUUUAUCUAAGAGAACAGUUCAAUAUAUGCAAAUUUGAAGUUAUGUAAGAAUUUAUAAAUAACUAAUUAGAAUUCAUGGCAGGAUUAACAGAUAUUGGAGCUACACCAAAUGAAAAUAUGAUUAAUUGGAUAGCUAAAGGAUUCUGUGCCAGUUUUGAUGCAUAAGCUUCAAGUGAUCUUGUAAUUUUAUAUUAUUUAUAAUAUAAUAGAUUGAAGUAGCCAGAUAAGGACAUUAUGCAGCUAUUGUAAAAUACUUUGAUUCAUACAAAAUUAAAUUGCUUGAAUAGCUAACUCCAUUAACUUUAUUAAAUAAUGCUAGAUUACAAUUCAAUUUCUAGUCAUAUGCAUAAUUUAUUUAGGAAAUGCAAUUGCCUGAAUUAAAUGAAGUUAAUUUAUCAGCAGCUAUAGAUUAAGCAAAAGGAGCAAAUGUUAAUGAACUUAUGGCUGGAAUACCAUUUGUUGGUGAAUUAUUAGAUAUUUUGAGAAUUGAAGGAAAUGGUAAUUAAUAAUAAUUACAAUAUUCUAGGAUAAAUUUAAUUAGCUGUUAUUUCAGAAGAAGCUUCAGUUUCUAUAACUGCAUCAGGAGAAGGAGCAGCCUUGAUUUGGGAAAAGCUUAUUUGAUUUAUUUAUACAACAAAUCAAGAAAAAGCAAAU